UGUCCUGUGACACCCUUUAGCUGCCUCAGCCCCCGGCAGGGGCUUAAAGAAGGCUGGCAGGAACGUGCCCUGCCGCAAGUCGGGCGAGGAUGAGGCGGUUCCUGAGCAGGAAGGGCCGUUUCUCACUGCGCCAGAGCAAGUCUGGGACCCGGAGUGCCUCCAAAGACUUCUACCUCGGCCUCCCUCCAACCAAUCAGAACUGGCCUGAGGCUUUUGGCUUCCGCCUUGGUGGCACUGGCCCCAGUUACAUCCUCUCUGUGGUGGAGGGCAGUAGUGCCUACCUGGCAGGUUUGCAGCCUGGUGACCAGGUGGUGGACAUCGAAGGUCAGGACGUGACUAACCUCAGCACACCGGCGCUUAUCGCUCUGGCACAGACUCUGAAAACUGUUCCGCCCAGCAUUGGAGUGGUGUCACGGAUUGAACAGAUUGACAUCACCCCUGGCCCUGAUGGCCGUUUUGGCUUCACUAUUAUUGGCGACAGCCCAGUAAUGGUGGAGGACUGUGUACCCGCUGGGCCGGCUGGUCGCAGUGGCCUGAAGGUUCAAGAUUAUAUCAUGGAGGUCAACAGCAUCCCUGUAAAACGUCACGAAGCGGCAGCAGCCAUGAUCAAAGCAGCUCAGGGUCGACCUCUUCGUCUGGGCGUGCUCAGCAUGGCGCGGCGGCCCAAGCGGCUGAGCAGCAGCAUGAGGGUGCUGUCACAGACCGGAGACAGCGUCAGGGAGAGCCGCGCCCACAAGGCCAUGGAGUUCAAUAAGAAAGUGGAGGAAGUGCUCGGGGAAGAGCCAGAUGUGAAGGAACAGCUGUUUGAGGUGCUGAAGCAGUUUGCCGCUGAGAGGGAUGUGGAAAGUCUGGCUGAGGCCCUGCCCAACAUCCUGAUCACAGAGGAGCAUCAGCAGCUCAUCGACAACGUCAGGAUCUUCAUUCCCAAGAAACACCGGGAGCGUUUUGAUGAGGUAGUCUCCCAGAGCCUGAUGAGCCGGCUGAAGGGGCGUAGCUUCAGCGACCCCAGCCGGAGCCACCUUCGCCGCAGCCGGAGCGAAGAUCACCCGGAACGCCUUUUGGUCUCCACCCGUGCCAGCUCAGUGCCUCGCACCCACGCUGAGGAAGGCGUGGUCCCUCCUGCUCAUGGCAUGCGCAAGACCACCUCACUCAUUGCCGGGCACUCUGGCGGCACAGCGACCAGCUGCAGGACAGUUCGAGUUUGCAAAGGCAACAUGAGUUUUGGUUUUACUCUCCGAGGCCAUGCACCAGUUUGGAUCGACUCCGUCAUCCCCGGAAGCCCAGCAGACAAGGCGGGACUGAAACCAGGCGACCGUAUCCUUUUCCUAAAUGGACUGGACAUGAGGACCUCUUCCCAUGAGAAGGUGGUGUCCAUGCUCCAGGGCAGCGGAGCCAUGCCCACGCUGGUUGUGGAAGACGGUCCUCUGUCCUUUGUCCUGGCAGAUCAGGAGCUUGCAGGGGGCAGAGUCACCAGUGACCCAGCCCGUUCUCCCGUGCUAAGCUCUCUGCAGUGGGUGACAGAGAUUCUGCCCCCCAGCAUCAGGGUUCAUGGCCGCACCUUCGGACAGCAGCUGGAGCACCUGCUCACCAUCCAGGAACGGUACACCAUCUGUAAAGCGCUGGAGAACUUCUUUCAGCACAGGAAUGUUGACACUCUCAUUGUGGAUGUGUUUCCGGUUCUGGAUACUCCGGCCAAACAGGUGAUCUGGCAGUUUGUUUAUCAGCUGCUGACUUAUGAAGAGCAGGAACACUGUCAGAACAAAAUCUCACGCUUUCUUGGAUGUAACGCUCCAGGUCCACCUCCCCCGCCGCCGCUGCCACCACCACCACCACCUCCUCCUCCUCCCCCUCCUCCAGAUCCUGAAGUUGCUCCUGAGCCACACCGCCGUAGCAGCUCUAUGAGGGUGUUGGGGACCACAUACAGGAGCAGUGUGAGGGGGCGGAGCUCUGAUGAUUUGGCCAUUGGGACACAAUUGGGAAUGGGACUCCGUGCAGAGCCAGGGUUGGAACCGGGGGUGAGGUUGGCUCCAGGAGAGAGACAGUCUGGAGAUGGCACCUCCCUUCCUGAAACUCCCAACAACCUUACAAAUCUGUCAGCAGUGUAUGCAGAACUGGAGAACAUGUACUCAUCCAAGAGGUCCAAGUCCCUCAAAAGUCGCCCUCCUCCUGCCCCUGAGAGUUUGCUGGAUCUAGAACCUUCCUCUCCUACAGCUUCUCCAACGAUACAAGCUAUCACAGGUAGCCGCAAAGGCCCUCCUACAUCUUGGCCAGAGCCUCUUCCCAGCCCCCCACCGGUACAGUUUUAUUCAUCUGGGCUGACAAGUCAGACUAGUGGUGAGUCCAACCCCUACAUCAGCUUAGACAGCCCUCCACCCUCUUCUCCAGACCCGCCUGAUUACCUACCGAGUCCUCCGCUCCAAUGCAUCAACAAGCGGCGGUACACGUUCUCCAAGCCACCUCGUUCUGAAGAUACAGAUCGUUUUCUAGAUGCACUAAGUGAGCAACUGGGACAGAGGGUGGCCAUUGUGGAUGACUUCCUGACUCCUGAAAAUGACUAUGAGGAGGAUAUUGUGCAGAUGGCUUACCCAGAUGAAGAGGAUGAGGAUAACGAAGAAGAGAUGGUUGCAGAUGAAGAAGAAAAUGGUGGAUUUGUGGCUCCGGAGCUCAGCAGUCCAAGUGAUGUCCAAAGCAGCAGCGGAGAAGAGAACGCCUCCUCCCUCACCUACUCCUCCUCCUCUGACCACAUCCCUCCUCCCCCCAUGACCCCUCCCCCACCCCCACCUGUUCAGUUCAAUGAUACACCCCCUCUUCCUCCAACACCUGUCCAGAAUCAGCCUCAGCACCAACAGCAGCCAAAACAUAGCUACUCACCUGAACACUCCCCCACAAGGUAUGUGCCUGUCCGCCGGAAAUCAGGCCCCCCUCCCCUACCUCCUCCACGCAGCAAUCCACCACCCAAGAGACACUCCCUACAUAAGGUUCUUCCCUGCAGAGAAGAUCUCCAAGUUCAAGCUACAAUACAAGAGUUAAAAGCCUUCCAGGAAAGACGAGCCUAUCAAGAACAAGCACAUAUGGAAAGGCAAGCUUAUGAAAAGCAGAAAGCCUAUGAAGACCAACAAAUGUUCCAAGAGAAGCAAGCCUACCAGAAACGGAAAUCCUAUAAGGAGAAAAGUUUAAAAGAAAGACAGGCUUAUGAAGACCAGAAGGCUUAUGAGGAGAAAAGAGCGUUUGAUGGCCAGCAAAUGUACAAAGAACAAGCCUACCAAGAACGACAAGCAUAUGAACAGCAUCAAGCCCACCCAGAACACAAAGCAUACGAGGAGCUUCAAGCAUACCAGGAGCAAAAAGUGUAUGAAGAGCUUCAAGCAUACCGUGAUCACAAAGCGUUUAGGGAACAUCAAGCCUACCAGGAGCAACAAGCAUACAAGGAGCACCAAGCCUAUCAGGAGCAACAAGCAUACAAGGAGCGCCAAGCCUACAAGGAGCAACAAGCAUAUGAGGAAAGUCAAGCCUACAAAGAGCAACAAGCAUAUGAUGAACAUCAAGCCUACCAGGAGCAACAGGCAUAUGAUGAACAUCAAGCCUACCAGGAGCAACAAGCAUAUGAGGAGCAUCAAGCCUACCAGGAGCAACAAGCAUAUGAGGAGCAUCAAGCCUACCAGGAGCAACAGAUCUACCGCAGUCAUCACUCAAUGCCUAUUGAGCCAACGCAGCAAAGAGCCCAUUCACAAUUUGCACUGCAACAAUUGCACCAGUCUCUGCCUCCUUUACCUACAGAUUACACCCAUCACCAUAGCAACCACCCUCUGUACAUAAUGCACCAAGAUCAACCACAGCAGAGCCACCAGAGUCAUUACCAUCGACGCCUGUCUCGUUCAGCCCCACCUCCACACCCACCCUCACCACAUUCAAAUGCCUACUCCUGCCAGCAAAGUCAGUAUGCCGAGGGCAUCUACCAAAGUCGCCAGGGUCUAAGAACACAGCCACAUCAUUCUUCAGCAGAAAUGCUCCAUCAAAUGCAAGAAGGACAAGUCCACCACUCCUCUACUGAAAUGCUUCUUCAAAUGAAACAGCCACAGGCUCACCAUUCCUCUGCUGAGAUGCUUCAGCAAAUGCAACAAUCACAGCCCCACCACAGCUCUGUUGAGAUGCUUCAGCAAAUGCAACAAUCACAGCCCCACCACAGCUCUGUUGAGAUGUGUCAACAGAUGCAACAAGUCCCAGUCCACCAUUCCUCUGCUGAGCUGCUUAAUCAAAUACAACAAUCACAGGCCCAUCACAGCUCUGCUGAGAUGCUUCAGCAAAUGCAACCUGCCCAUGCCCAUUACUCAUCAUCAGAAAUGCUACACCAAAUACACAAAUAUAAGGCCCAUCAUUCCUCUACAGAAUUUCUCCAUGAAGCUCAGCAAACACAGUCUCACCACUCUUCAACUGAAUUUCUCCAACAAGCACAAGAGAUACAUCAGGGGCAACCUCAACCUUCAUCCACUGACCUGCUCCAUCAAAUGCAAAAAAAUCAACCUCACCACUCCUCCAUGGAGUUGCUCCAUCAAAUGCAAAAAGUUCAAGCUCACCACUCCUCUACAGAGCUGCUUCAUCAAGCCCAUCAGAUGCAUCAAGUGAAGCCCCACCACUCCUCUACAGAGCUUCUGCAUCAAGCUCAGCAAGAACCGGCAUCACUUCCAGUUCAGUUUAACCGUGGGAGCCAGUCAUCACAUCAAAGCCGUAAGAGUCUUAAAGGUCAUCAUGAGGCCCAAGCAAGACUCCAAGAACAGCAGAUCCAUCAAGUACAUCAUCCUCAGCCUACUAAACCCUCUCCCCAGAGACCCCACUCUAUACAGCACAUCCACCAUAUGACACCACAGCCACCUCCACAGAACUACCAACACCAGAUUCAUGUCAUCCACCCUCCUCAGCAGCCGCAGAGGGUACAGCCUUUUCUCUCCACCUUUCAACCCCUGCAGCCACACCAGCCCACCAUCUCCACUUUCCAGCCUGUGACUCACCAACCCCAACACCAGGUUCAAUCCUCUGUCCAAACCACGCGGCCACAAUCCCAACCCUCACACCACUUACUGCAAUCCCAACACCAGCCUCAGGCCCAGUCGCACCAUAAGCAACCCCAUGGCCAAAGCCAACCCCAGACCCUCCCUCACUCUCUAUCUGAUCCCACAGAGCACUUGGAGCCACCUCCACCACCACCACUCCAUCCGCCUUGUUCCCCACCGCCCUUACCCAGGCCUUCGCUUUCCAGAAUGGACUCUCACCACAUGAGUGUAAAGAAGUUGCGUUGGGAGCAGGUGGAAAAUUCAGAGGGCACCAUCUGGGGACAGUUGGGAGAAAACUCUGACUAUGACAAACUGCAUGAUAUGGUGAAGUAUCUGGAUCUGGAGCUGCACUUUGGGACACAGAAGAACUCCAUUUCGACUCCAGAGCCGCCCCCUGAGCUGGAAACCUUCAAGAAGAAAAAUGUGAUUGAAAUACUUUCCCAUAAGAAGGCCUACAAUGCGUCUAUCCUGAUAGCCCACCUAAAGUUGUCUCCUGGAGAGCUACGUAAAAUUUUGAUGACCAUGACUAAUGACAGACUGGAGUCUUCUCACAUCAAACAGCUGCUGCUUUAUGCUCCUGAUGCGGAAGAACUGAAAAAAUAUGAAGAGUACAGAGACGACUCUGGCAAACUCAGUGAACCAGACCUGUUUGUGCUGCAGAUGUUAUCAGUGCCAGAGUACAAGAUCCGUCUGCAGAGCCUCCUCUUCAAGGGCUCCCUGCAGGAGAAGACAGAGGAGUUAAGGGGAGCAUAUGACUGCAUCUACAAGGCCUCUUUGGAGUUGAAGACCAGCAAGAAGCUGGCUAAGAUACUGGAGUUUGUGUUGGCGAUGGGGAACUAUUUGAAUAACAGCCAGCCUAAAGGUAACAAGCCGACAGGCUUUAAGAUCAACUUCCUCAAUGAGUUGAGCACGACAAAAACGGUGGAUGGAAAGUCAACGUUUUUGCAUAUUCUGGUCAAGUCACUCUGUCAACACUUUCCUGAGGUGUUGGACUUUUCCAAAGACUUAAUCAUGGUACCUCUUGCAGCCAAAGUAAACCAGAGGACCAUCUCAUCAGACCUGAAUGACCUCCAUACAACCAUCCAGGACAUUAGGUCUUCCUGUCAGAAGAUGCCUGCUACUGCUGAGGACCGGUUUGCUGUCGUCAUGAGUAACUUCCUGGAGAACAGCCAUCCAGCUCUCCAGUCUCUGGAGUCUCUCCAGCAGAGAGCUUUGGAAGAAUUCACCAAAACUGCCUCUUUCUUUGGAGAGGAUGGUAAAGGUGUCAACACCGAGGCCUUCUUUGGUAUCUUUGCCGAGUUCAUCAGCAAGUUUGAGAGAGCUCUCAGUGAGCAGCAGCCUCCAGAUAAUCCAAAGAGCCCUAGAAGUCCACAGAUGUCGUCCCCAUUGGCGUGGUAAAGCACAAACAUGAAGAUGACCACAAAAUCUUAAUAUGCUUACAGAUACAUCCACAGACGUACUGUUUGCUUACCUGCAAACAUA